AGAUAAUUGACAUACUCGCCCGAUGAAAACUGUGUUCCAGUUCACAACUCGAUAAAGAUCGUAUACACAUACACACUAUGCAACAGAAGCAGAUAAAUCGCGCAACAUCCUUCCUACCGACAGCAAACCGCGCAGGAAUAAACUGGAAGCAGCCGAAUCGCACGAUGGCGAUUACCGCCGCGCUUGCACUGAGUGUGCUGUACAUACUGUACACGUUCAACGCCUGUCUGCUAUCGAGCAUCAACCGUACGCUGAAACAGGUUCCAUCGGUGGGCAGUGCGACGGCGGCGACGACGAUCGAGCGACCAACCGCUCCGACUCAGCUCCCGCAAGUCCGGAUCCUCGGAUCGAUCGUGCGCAUCGUGCCACUGACCGACGACGGCGAGCGGCUACCGGCGGGCGGGGCAGGCGUAGCGAGCGGCACCAACACCUCCGACGGCUCGCCCAAGUACCGGUUUCUGCGGCAGCAGGGUCUGCGUCCCUCGCGCCACCUCCCGGACGCACUGAUCAUCGGCGUGAAGAAGAGCGGGACGCGCGCCCUGCUCGAGUUCAUCCGGCUGCAUCCGGACGUGCGGGCGGCCGGCUGCGAGGUGCACUUCUUCGACCGCCACUACGGCAAGGGACUCGCCUGGUACCGCCACCAUAUGCCGCCGACGAUCGAGGGCCAGCUGACGAUGGAGAAGACGCCGAGCUACUUCAUCACGCGCGACGCCCCGCGCCGCGUCCACCACAUGAACCCGGCCACCCGGCUGCUGGUGGUGGUGCGGGACCCGGUCACGCGCGCCAUCUCCGACUACACGCAGGCGCGCAGCAAGAAGCGCGACAUGAAGCGCUUCGAGGAGCUGGCGUUCACGAACGGGUCGGCGGGCGGCGUCGUCGACACGAGCUGGGGCCCGGUGCGCAUCGGCGUGUACGCCAAGUACCUGGAGCGCUGGCUCGAGGCGUUCCCGCUCCGGCAGCUGCUGUUCGUGAGCGGCGAGCGGCUGAUCGCCGACCCGGCCGUCGAGAUCGGGCGCGUGCAGGACUUCCUCGGCCUGAAGCGCGUCGUCACCGAGAAGCACUUCUACUUCAACUCGACCAAGGGCUUCCCCUGUCUGCUCAAGUCGGAGGAGCGCUCCAGCCCGCACUGUCUCGGCAAGACCAAGGGUCGCAACCAUCCGCGCAUCGACGCCGCCGCCAUCGACCGGCUGCGCGAGUUCUACCGGCCGUUCAACCAGAAGUUCUACCAGCUCACCGGCAUCAACUUCGGCUGGCCGUAGAACCGGCUCACUCCCACUCUAUCUCUCCACAUCUCUCUCUAUCUCUCUAUCUCUAUCUCUGCAUCUGCCAUAUGCCAAAGCGUCACACAGACGAACGAAACGAAAAGGGGACUACACACUAGCGUUCUUCCUGGAGCUAACUACAACAGACCGAACACUAAUUAGAAACUAAUAAAAACACCACACACAAACGGAGGGCGAAUGAAGCGUACCAACUGUACAGACCGGGAGUGGUAAAAUGCCUACAUUCUCCCCGUAUAGACUGUGUAUCCAACUCCCCCGAACCCCUUCCCGGAGGAGGGGGGCUUUAGCGAGGGGCGACUUAGCUAGGUUAGGGUGAACAAAUUCGAAACAGUGUAUUUCGCCAAACGAUGGCCGACGAAAGAUAAAAAAAAGCUGCUUCAAACAUGGUGACAGCCGGGAAACUAAAAAAAAGCAAGCAUACCGCAUAGCAGUUGACAAGGAGGCGCUUUACGCGGCGUAGUAGGUUACGUUUAGGUUUUCUAAGGUGAUAUCAACUGUAACUUAACGCCUAAGGCAAAACUCUCGAUAUUUGUGUAAAUACCUACCGGACACACACGAAAGCAGAAUUGCGUAUGAUUAUCAACAAUCGUUGGGCCCGUGUGCGCAAGCGCGAGAACAGGUAACGCCACGCUUAGCACACUUACGUUGUUACGGCAUAGACUUAGCGUUUUUUCGAUUCACCUCCCAACCUAUUUGUACCCCCACACUCAGUGUACCGUAACGUCGAUGGAGCUUCUCCACCAACAAGCGCCUGCCGGAAGCGGGGGAACUCUUUUUGUGGUAGAUGGCAUCAACACCCACCCAUCAAUCUACCUUUUAGUGUUGAUGUCUUAAGUAACUCCUGAAUCCGGACGAAGACUAAUGUCGUAGAAAACUACCUAAUGAUGAUCCUUAACCGGUAAUGCGCUUGUUGUUCGUGUGGGAAACAAAUGUCCUCAACCUACCCCCACCCUCUAUCUUCCCCCUCCCAUCCUCCAUUCGUUGGCCUACUGCCACUGUAUGCGUCCUCAACAACCUUUACUGUGAAAAAAAAACGCUUCGCCAUUAGCAUGUCGC